UGCAAGAUAGUGUCAUUCAAAUUACGCCUAAAUGAAGCAGUCUUGAUGUAAUAACAAUGUGAUUAGAUGGAUCAAACAGCACAGUUGCACACACAGACAAAAAAAUAACAUCAAAGCGUUUGGAAGAAUUGAAAUUCAGUCCAUAAAAAAUGUUACAGAGGGAACACAAAGAAGAGGCAGUGCCAACACGACCAAACUUUCCUCCCAUCAUCAUAAUCAGCAGCAGCAGCGUAGCUUGCUGUGAGUGAGUAUAUGUGUGCGCGCGUAUGCGUGUGCUUGUGCAGUCAGAUCUUGCGCAGCGAGAAAGAUCACCCCGGUCCACACUGGUUUGUGUUUUUGGAGGCUAACCUGUGGGUCGGUGCACCGCUGUGAAAAGCAUGAAAAUUGGGAACCAGCAUCUCACAGGACGAGUGAGAGGAAGGUGCGCACCAGCGAGCUGAACCCUCAGGCCUUCACCAGUGGACAUGGGAAUGUAGCACCUGUGUGUGAGCGCCGAGCUCCAGACUUUUGUGUGUGUAUGCAAGCGAGGAGAAGUUCCCUUCUCAAAGAUCUGACAGCCUUGGUCGGACAUCAAGGUCCUGAUGUCCAGUUUUGCAUCACGGUGCCAUUUAGUUGCAGCCAACUCCAGACGGACCUUGAAAUGUUACACAGCUUUAAAGAACCCCGGACAAAGAACUUUACAAGAAAAAAGGAGAACAAAGUCGCUUCAUCAUUGGCUGUUAGGAGUGGGUCUGCGUUACAGUGUGAUCUGGGGACUUGGUUGGAGGGGAUGUCUUGGACUCUUCGUCAUGUUGUUUGAGCCAUUCCUGAGCAGUUUUUGCCAUUUGGUGGAGUAUGUCGUCCCGCUGGGGGAGGCUGCUGCUGAUGUCUGGCAGAGUUUUUCCAGUUCUUUCCAGCUGAACGCUACAUUUUAACAAUAUGAUCAAUGCUUUUCACUUCACCAGUUAAUGGUUUUAAUGUUGGGGUUCAUAUUUGUAUAUACAUACAUGGGUGCAUACCCAAACAUAUGCAUGUAUAGAGAAGAACAUGAUGGUUUUAUUGCCUGCUACAACAACAAAGCAUUUAUUAGAAUUUUAGAAUCACCUGCACUAAUAGCUAAGCUAAGCUAUUUAUUUUUCAGGAUAUAGUUAUAUUGUUACUUGCUACAGUUAUUCGAUAUUAUAUUUUGCACUAUCCUUCUGUAUAUUACUGUAUACUUUCAUUCUAUUGUACAUAUUGUAUAUCUUAUUACUCUGUUCCUCUGUCUCUCUUGCUGCAUUGAGCAUGCGUAUGACAAAAGAAUUUCGCUCGGGAUAAAUAAAGUUCUUCUUAUCUUAUCUUAUCUUAUCUUAUUAGCAGGGCUUAGAUGGAGUCAAAUGAAUAUGCUGAGGUAUCUGGAUAAUAUGUACCUCUUAUAUUAAUGUUUUGAAGAUCUGCUAUACGGCACACUGGAGCUGCAUAUUGUGUCUGCUUUCAUAAUAUUACAGAUAUGUUACAUGUUUAUGAAUUCUAUAUCAUUGGACUGUCUUAACCUUCUCCUGCCGAUCAAUAGGGAACCAUGUGCAGUUCCCUGAGCCCCAAACAGCCCAGCGGGCCCGGCCUGACAGACAUGCAGCAGUACCAACAGUGGCUUUCCAGUCGACAUGAGGCCAGCCUGCUGCCCAUGAAGGAAGACCUGGCCCUGUGGCUCACUAAUAUUCUUGGUCUGGAAAUCACUGCUGAGAGCUUCAUGGACCGCUUAGACAAUGGCUUCCUGUUGUGCCAGCUGGCUGAGACACUGCAGGAGAAGUUCAGGCAGAGUAAUGGAGAUCUGCCUACCCUUGGCAACAGCAAGAGAAUUCCCAAUCGGAGGAUACCGUGUCGGCGGAGCGCACCAUCCGGCUCUUUCUUUGCACGGGACAACACAGCCAACUUCCUGGCCUGGUGUCGUGAGGUCGGAGUUGGAGAAACAUGUCUGUUUGAAUCAGAGGGUUUAGCAGUAGGUGUAACAACAUCAGUUCUUCAUAAGCAGCCACGAGAAGUGUGCCUUUGUCUUUUAGAGCUGGGCCGGAUAGCAUCACGGUACAAUGUGGAGCCUCCUGGCCUUAUAAAACUGGAGAAAGAGAUUGAGCAAGAAGAGAAAGCGCCUCUACCUCCUCCGUCACCUGUAUCUCCAGCUCAGCCUGUCCCUCCAUCACCCUCUUCAUCUCCUUCUCCAUCCCCUUCCCCAUCCCCAUCCCCAUCCCCAACUCCUACCAAAGUUACGUCUAUCAAAAAAAGCACAGGGAAGCUGUUGGAUGAUGCCGUAAGACAUAUCGCCAAUGAUCCACCUUGCAGAUGUGCAAAUAAGUUCUGUGUAGAGAGACAGUCGCAGGGUCGAUAUCGUGUUGGAGAGAAGAUGCUCUUUAUUCGGAUGCUGCACAAUAAGCACGUGAUGGUGCGAGUCGGUGGAGGCUGGGAGACCUUUGAGAGCUACCUGCUGAAACAUGACCCAUGCCGCAUGCUCCAGAUUUCCAGGGUGGAGGGCAAGAUAUCCCCCAUCAGCAGCAAGUCCCCUAAUAUCAAGGACCUCAGCCCUGACAGCUACCUGGUGGUGGCAGCGCACUACCGCAGCAAAAAGUGAAGACAUGAGACUGAAAAAAAAUGCCAUUAAUAAAAGGACAGAUUGACUUUGUGCUGUUUUUUACUGGGUAGAGAAGGGGGCGUAGCUAUGCAACAUAUCCCUGUUCUCAUAAAGUAAAUAUUAAAGCUGUAGUGCAACACCAUUCACAGAAAGCACAUUUUUGUCAUAGUGAUGAUUUUGUUUUGUUGGUUAAAGAUCAUUCUUGGGUGUUUUGAUUUGAUUGGGCCUGGACACAUAUUAGUAGGCCUCUGGGUGUUAUUUACUUUUACAUAACGGCAAACAGCUUUGAAAAACAUGCUCAUUAUUAUCGUCACAGUAUAAUUGGUUAACUCAUAAUUAGUGCAAGGGAAGGUGUAGAUUUUCUUGAGAUUUGAGAUUUUCCUGUUUUUAUUGCAUCUGAGGCAAUACCACAUAUGGUAGGUAGAACACUUUUAUCUUUUAGCUCCUCAUAUAAAUAUCUGUAUUUGUACAAGGUAAAAACACAAGGUUUUUUUUUUUUACAUGAAAUGAAGUGGGUGCUGGAGAUGUUGGCAAUUUUCUGAAGCCAGUAUUCUUUGGUACCUUGAUGUGGAUUCUAUUGAUUUGUCUGUGCUAGUGUUGUUUUCCCUUUUUUUUUUUUUUUUUUUUAAAUUUCCCAUCAAACUGAUCUUCUUAUCUACAUUUUUAAUAAUACACAGACCCUAUUGGGCUGUGACUCAAAUGGGAUUUUAUCUCCCAUGUUACAAGAAUAAUUUAAACCCAAUGACAUUUAAAUGCUUUAUUUUAUACAUUUAAAUUCUUGUAAAAACUCUCAUAAAACCUAAAUUUAUUCACAAAAUGUUAUAGCUUUUUCUUUGUGCAUUUCUUAGGCUUAGGCUAACAAAAUGAAGCAAUGCUCAUAUUGUUUACAUUUUGCAUAACUGUUCUAUGCAGUACAUUUAUAUAUUAGCGUUUUGAUUGUAUUAUUCAUUACUAGAAUAGAUCCCGUGUGUAAUGAUAUCUUCAUCCGACAAUCACGUUCGAAUCAGCUUCACUAGCUUGUGAUUUAUAAAUAGAUUUACUCAUUUAAGGUCUCACGUUCUUCACUAUGUUGUAUUACUGACCCCUACAGGUGGUGCAGUGAUUUAAAUUCGAUUAUUAUUGAUUUCUUUGGGGGGUUCUUACAAUGGAGAAAUAUCAAUCACUGCAUAAUAACUCAUGUUAUAUUAAUUUUUUUUUUAUUCCUGGAGAAUAAAUAUGUCGGUUUGGUAUUAUAUUCACUGGCUGUGCAAAGCAACUUUCAAGCCUGAUUUUAGUUGUAAAUUUCCAAUAAAUGCUGAAAAGUUGAA